CCGGAGAUGAAAAUAGCAGUGAAAACUAGUUAUUACAGGACUUCUUGAUUUUCCAAAACGAGUCAAAAGGGAGUAGAGCUUAUACAAGAAGCGAAUAAGUAUGGGAAAAAUCAAGGGACCAGGGCUUGCUAUUGUAAAGAAAAAAAUUCGUGAUAAUGAACGUUUGCUGAAGAAGGAAAAUUUACCUGCGAAUGUUCGAGUAGAGCAUGAACGUGCCUUGGCUGCUUUGCAAGAUCAGCUUCAGGGUGUUCAAUUGGAACAUAAAAAGAUAAAGUAUUACGAAAGAUAUAAGAAAAUACGAUUUUUCGAACGCAAAAAGGCUGAAAGACAUAUAAAACAAUUGGAAAAGCGUUUACUAGAUCCCUCCAUCGAUGUUUCUGAAAAAGAAAAGAUGAAGGAACAAUUACACAAAUAUAAAGUUGAUCUUUUGUAUAUCAAGGCAUAUCCACCUCUCGUCAAAUAUGUUUCCUUAUACGCUGAAGGAACUGCUGAUUCUACUGAAGAGACAAGGAAGAAAAUUUGGCGUGAAAUGGAAGAGCGUCUCUUGUCUGGUAAAACGCAAAAUCUUGGGCCUUCUGGUUCCAACAACAUACCCGUACAAAAGAAACACGCAGCUCAGGAAGAGUUAGAAGAUGAAUUUUUUGAAAAAUAGAAAAUUUCUCUCUUAUCGGAAGAAAUUGGUGAAAGGUUUUGGUCAUAUUGCGAUUAUUUUAGGUUAUCAUUAGGGCUAGUCGGAUUCAUGCAUGCAAAUUUUAAUACCGUUAUACUUUUUUUUGUCUUUGAUGAUAAGUUAAUGACAUUCAUUCUGUUUGCUGAGCAAUGUAGCUUCC